AAGCGCUGCGCUCCCCUCGCGCUGCCUCCCUCCUGCUGUGCGCACCCCUCCGUCCUUUUCUGUCUCCCGUGCUCUCCCUCCCUCGAGGCUCCCCUUUCCUUUCCCGGCGGCGACGACUUGGCGAGCGGCGACGCCCUUCGACUCGCUUCGCCGGGCCAUUCACCGGCGACGAGAGCCCACCAGAUCCAGUGAAGGUUGCCAACUUGACAUAAGGGGAAUAAGGAUCCGAAGGUUUUUUGAUAUUGCACUGUAGCCAGUGUUAUAAUGGCUACAAAACUUGUGGUUCUUGGUAUCCCCUGGGAUGUUGACACUGAAGGAUUACGGGAGUACAUGGCCAAGUUUGGACCCCUAGAUGACUGCGUUGUGAUGAAGGAGCGGUCUUCCGGGCGAUCACGUGGGUUUGGCUAUGUAACAUUCUCAUCAGCUGAUGAUGCAAAGAAUGUUCUUGAAUGUGAACAUGUUCUUGGGAGCCGGACUUUAGAAGUGAAGAUAGCUACUCCAAAGGAAGAAAUGAAAUCACAAGGAACAAAGAAAGCUACAAGGAUAUUUGUUGCUCGAAUUCCACAAUCUGUGGAUGAGUCGAUGUUUCGUAGGCAUUUUGAAGCUUUUGGAGAAAUUCUUGAUCUUUACAUGCCAAAGGAACAUGGUUCAAAAGGGCAUCGUGGAAUUGGGUUUAUCACGUUUCAGAGUGCAGAAUCUGUGGACAGCAUCAUGCAAGAGUCGCAUGAGCUGGAUGGUACAACUGUAGUUGUUGAUCGUGCAACUCCAAAGGAUGAAGAUGUCAGACACCCCCCGAGCAGGGCAUCGCAAGGUGGCUAUGGUGCAUAUAACGCAUAUAUUUCAGCUGCUACCAGAUAUGCAGCUUUGGGUGCACCAACACUGUAUGACCAUCCAGGAUCAGCUUAUGGAAGAGGGUAUUAUGGAUCCUCUCAAGCAGUUGGCAAGAAGAUAUUUGUUGGUAGGCUUCCACAAGAAGCAAACACGGAUGACCUGAGACAUUACUUUGGCAGAUUUGGUCGAAUCGUAGAUGCAUAUAUUCCAAAGGAUCCUAAAAGAAGUGGCCACCGAGGUUUUGGUUUUGUCACCUUCGCUGAUGAGGGUGUGGCAGAACGGGUAGCUCGCAGAAGCCAUGAAAUUCUGGGACAAGAGGUUGCAAUAGACACAGCUGCACCGCUUGAGAGCGAUUCAACUGGUGGCGCUUACAUUGAUCCCAUGGACCUUUAUGGUGCUUAUGGUUCAAUGCGAUCUUUUGGCAGGUUCUGUGGCAGUCUAGAUUAUAAUUAUGGGUAUGGUCCCAGCAGCGGAAGCAGCAGAUCAAGAGGGGAUUGGCGAUACCGACCUUACUGAACAGGUCGCCUGUCUCGGUUAUCGUCAAGUGCUGUUUUAGUUCACCUCUAGGGGAGGAGACUGUGGAGAUGGGGAAAAGAAAUACUUGUUUGAGAAUGCUAAGCGGUACCUCAAAGUGGUAUGUGAAUCUUAAGUGGGGCGUGUGGAACCUAUCUAUUUGUUCAUGUUGUAAUUUUUGACAUGGAAAUGCUAUGGUGCUAUUUCUUUGUCGCAAUUAAACAUUGGUGCUAAAAGAUGAAGGCAGCCUUGUAGUUAUUGUGUGGAACUGCUGCCUGUAAUAAAAAAAAACUUUUACAAAAA